CCACUGUCACACUGCACUGCGAAGAGUCAAGGACUAUUAACUUCUUCCCUGAGAACCACAACUACUCGUCAUUUUCUCUGUUUCUUCCCUCCUCCGAGUGAAAUUGUAGAGAGAGAGAGAGAGAGAGAGAGGCGAUUUCGGUUUUUCAAUGGAGAUCGAACCCCCGGCUGUUCAGAGUUUUGAUAUGCAGUCAAGACACUCGUUUUCUUUCUCUUCCACUGCUUGCUCUCAAGAAUGCGGCGACACUGAAAUGUCUCUCCCUUCGAAUUCCGACCUUGGCUUCUCUGCGAUAGUCGAUUCUCCUGACCACAACAGCUCCGAAGCUUUUUCCAUUUUGACGAAGUCAGAACAUGCGCAGGGAAGCGAGAGCUUCAGCUCCAGCUCGAAGAUUUCCCACAGAACCUGCGAUGGCAAGGCCAAAUUCUCUACCUCAGAAUCCGUCGUCGCCGUGAGCCCUGGCGCAAAAUCCGUUACAGUCAACGAUCAGGAAAACGGGAGCUUUCAGUCGACGGCUGCGCUGAAUCUGCAGAGAGUCUACCGGAGUUACCGCACACGGCGCAGGUUAGCGGAUACUGCCGUGGUCGCCGAAGAGCUUUGGUGGCAAGCGAUCGACUUCGCUCGUCUGAACCACAGUACGAUUUCCUUCUUCAAUUUCUUGAAACCAGAAACUGUAGCUUCUCGAUGGAAUCGAGUCAGCUUGAAUGCUUCAAAGGUUGGGAAGGGUUUGUUCAAAAACGCCAAGGCUCAGAAAUUAGCUUUUCAACACUGGAUUGAAGCUAUUGAUCCACGACACCGUUAUGGUCAUAACUUGCACAUAUACUAUGCAGAAUGGUGUAAAUCUGAAAGUGGCCAGCCAUUCUUCUACUGGUUGGAUAUUGGUGAAGGCAAAGAUGUUGAUCUCAAAGAGUUCCCGAGGUCAAAGCUGAGACAGGAAUGCAUUACGUAUCUUGGACCUCAAGAGAGGGAAGACUAUGAGUACAUUGUAAUUGAGGGAAAAAUCCUACACAAGCAAACUGAAAAGUUUCUUGAUACAAGUGAAGGGUCAAAAUGGAUUUUUGUGAUGAGCACUUCCAAGAAAUUCUAUGCUGGUGAGAAGAAGAAGGGUUGUUUUCAUCAUUCGAGCUUCCUAGCAGGAGGGGCUACUUUAGCAGCUGGAAGACUUGUUGCAGAAAAUGGAGUGCUUAAGACAAUCUCAGCGUAUAGUGGACAUUAUCGCCCAUCUGAAGAAAACCUUGACUGCUUCUUAACCUACCUUAAGGAUAAUGGCGUCAACCUUGAUGAAGUUGAGAUACGCUCCUCUACUGAGGACUAUGAGAAUUAUGGUAGCAGUAAAUCAUCUCACGAGAGGAGUACAGUUGGAAUAGUGACACUACCUGAACCUCCCCAACUUGAAAAUCCCAGUGCAGUCAAGAAAGAUCAACCCAUGAAACCAGAUGAAGUAACGCAAACUGUACCACCGGAAAUUGCUGAGAUUGAAAAACGUGGUAGUUACAAAAGGACUUUAUCUGGUGGUCUCCAGAGUCCGAGAGCGGAUGUACCUGAGAAAGCAAUAUUGCAAAGGAUCAAUUCCAAGAAAUCAUCUAGCUCAUAUCAAUUGGGGCAUCAACUCUCACUGAAAUGGUCUACUGGAGCAGGUCCGAGAAUUGGGUGCAUUGCAGACUAUCCUAUCCAACUGAGGUUACAAGCUCUGGAAAUUGUAGACCUCUCCCCAAAGUUUCCCCCCACUCCAUCUGGUUACAAGCAAUCUCCUUGUCUUAUUUCGCCUACAUCCUGCCCCACAUCUGGGUUUUGUAGCAAUGAUAGGACCUCUGUGGCUUAGCUAAACUGUAUCUGUUUUCUUAUAUUCCUGAACUUUUUCCUUUCCUUCUUCCCUUUCAUAUCUGUUUCUCUUACUACUUAGCAUUCCUUUUUUGUUGUUUUGCUGACAGCCUUAACUCCAUGUAAAUUUCUUCUCUGUGAAUCAGCUCUGCCAAGGGAAUGCAUUCCUCAACCUUUCCAAUCUACUUAUAUAUGUACUGAUGUCCAGUUAAAUUAAGAAGCUAAUAAUAUGGACUGGUAAAGUAAGUGCUGCCGUUUCAA